AUGGCCGUAUUGAGCAGGCCGCUGCCUCUGGAAAUUUGGAUGAAGAUCGUCGAAUUGCACAAAUCUGACAAGCACACCUUGCGCGCCCUUUCUCGUUGUUGCCGCUCUCUUGCCCCGUUAUGUCAACGGAUCCUCUUCAAUGACCUCCGUAUUCCCCGGCUAUAUCCUAGUUGGCCAUCCGACAGAGCUUACGCGCUUGCCAGACUAGAAGACGCCUUUACUCAAUCCCCUCAUCUUGCCGCAUUUGUGCGUAGCGUUUUCUACGUGAUCGAGGAUGAAGACGGAGAAAAUACAAGUGUUCACUGGAUCCUGGGCCAACUCAAGCACCUGACAGACGCCGAAGUCCACUACGUGCCGAAGGAAUUGAACACACGCUUGGACUGGGGUGCACUCGACAUGCGAUUGUGCUCUUCCAUCAUGCACGUUAUCCAGUCUCCGAAUCUAAGAUGCCUGACGCUCACGCGGAUCAAGAAUAUGCCUUCGUCACUUUUCAGAAUCCUGGCAUCGAGCCUCGCAAUAUUGACUCUUGACGACGUGGAGGUAGAAGAAGAGAGCUCUUCAUCUUGUCUUCCUGAUUCCGAAGUUGCGUCUGGGCCGGUGCAAAGCCGAAUUCCACAAAUCAAGCACUUAUAUUUCUACGACCGCGACACAGCUGAACGUGGAUCGAGAGGAGUGUUGUGUUCCCGCCCCUUCAUUUUCGACUUCAAGGAGCUUGGGUUCCUCCAUAUAUCUUGGGGAAACGAGCGUGAGUCUGCUUUGGCGAAGGAGCUUAUGAAGACAGCCAGUAAGCUCAAAGGUGCUUCAUUCCAAGUUGAUUCCCCUUUAAAAACGACAGCGGGAGUAGCGCAGGCUAUUCUGGAUUACUGUCUGGACGACCUUACAGUACUGACGUUCGGACUCUCGCAUAGGAUGCCAACUAGCCAGCGUCCCGUCGACAACGAUCCAUUCUUAGGGCUCGCAGAAGAAUUCCAGCUUCUCUCUGGGAGGAACAAAGUGAAAUUUCUCUCCAUUCACUUCCACAUCCCGUCAGGACACCUCAAUGGGCUCACUUUCUGUCUAUCCCGAUUGGACGACGCCAUAGCUGAUGCCUUCCCGCACUUGGAGCAUUUCGACCUUCAGAUUUGGGUCUACUUUCUGCGAAUGCGCGGAAGAAAAUUGGCGUUUGAUUUGGAGGCCUUGGCGGACGAGUGGACGGACCGGAAUCGUCUCCAGUUCCAAAAAAGCUGUCGAAUCCCUGGCCUGAGAUUUGAUUGCAGAGUACAUAUUUUAGAUGCUUAA